UCGAUGGAGCGGGAUCAGAAAAAAGUAUAUUUGUUUGACUAAUCGAAUGUUUCAAAGCAACAAUAAGAAAAGCUGAAAAACGACAGGAGAUUGUUUGAGAGAAGCAAGCCGAGCAGUGCCAUACGAAACGGGCUCCAAACAAGGCCAUCCGGGGCUUAAGGAGCACCCGUGCAGGACUAUUGCAGAUCGUGAGGGCGUUCCAUUUCGUUUUCGCGAAACUACGCGUCGGCGUCUUCUGUUCGCUCGUUCAUUCGAUAGUCGUGGAAUUUUCCUCUGACAUUUUUUAUCGCUUUAAACAAUCGUAGUUUUUUCUCAGUCCCGACACUGGACCAUUAGUCAAAAACGAACCGUCAAUCCGUUUCAAAUGAUCAUUUUUAGCCACGGUAGUACUUUUGCCUCCGGUCGUCGUUCUAAAGAUGAUUCGGUGAUUUAGACAUAGUUGCUACGGAAGUCAAACUACAGCAACGUGUACUAACUUUCUCGAAUACUCAAACCAAGUGCUUGUCCUAGUGCGAAAAAGUGUCUAUAUUCUCUAGAAUAGUGAAGAGAGUGUAACAAAUUAACUGAUAUCCUUUGCCCUAUUCCCAAACCCCAACAUCUUUUGUCCUAAGUUCAAUAAAAUGGCAACGAAAACUUGGUUUGGAAAUGUGCUGUUCGUGUCUUUUCCUUUGGCCAUAUUAGGCAUCGAUUUGAGCAGGCUUUACGGUCACUUACCAGCUGUUUCGAAACGCAACGAGGCUUGCCAUCCUUACGAGCCUUUCAAAUGCCCUGGUGAUGGAAACUGUAUUUCGAUUCAGUAUCUCUGCGAUGGCGCACCAGACUGUUCUGACGGGUAUGACGAAGAUAUGCGUCUUUGUACAGCAGCUAAACGCCCACCUGUAGAGGAAACGGCAUCUUUUCUGCAAAGUUUGCUAGCCUCGCACGGCCCAAAUUAUCUGGAGAAAUUAUUUGGCAGCAAGGCUCGCGACGCGUUGGCUCCACUUGGAGGCGUUGAGAAAGUGGCCAUCGCUCUGAGUGAAUCGCAAACCAUCGAAGACUUCGGUGCUGCAUUGCAUCUAAUGAGGUCUGAUCUUGAGCACUUACGAUCCGUUUUCAUGGCCGUCGAAAAUGGAGAUUUGGGCAUGCUGAAAUCCAUCGGUAUAAAAGAUUCAGAGUUGGGAGAUGUUAAGUUUUUCCUCGAAAAACUCGUCAAUACCGGCUUCUUGGACUGAGUUUUAUCUGAUCUCCCGUAUCCGUAUACUAACAGUUUGUAUUAUUUUGUGCCACUUACACCGCAGAUUUACUCCUUUUUAGGCUCACCAGAUGGUUUCACCUACUAAUUCCAAAAACCAUAUUUUCUUCAAAGUAAAAAGCACACGCGCACACACCAUUUGUACGCAUUUACAAAAUCUGGAAAGAUACAAAAACACAGAAGGGGAAAAUACUGGACAAUCGCCUGUUUGCGCCUCUUUUCAUAGCUUCCCGUAGUUCACGUAACGCUAAUGGAUGAUUCUUCGAUCCAAGGUAGAGCCUAUGGUUACGAUGGACAUGGGCGAUUGCACUGUUCGGGCACGUUUCCAAUCAGACUUUUAAAAAAUCAUGAAUGGCAUUGUGUGCGAACUGAUAAAAUACGUGGCAUAAAAUUGCCAAUCCUGACACAAACAUUACCGUAAGUUUCAUCGCAGCUUAAGCCUCUACGAAACAUUUGUAUAUGCUUUAUGGAAGCAGAAUUUCUUCGUGAAUAAUGGAAUCGUUAUUUGAUUGUUGAAUUUUAAAUCAGGAAAUUUAGAAGUAAGAGAAGGACGAUAAUCCAAAGCGAAAUUAGAAAAACGGAAGAAUACAAUGCGCCAAGGGAACGAAAAUCAUCCAUUAACAGAAUCCACUGACUAACGAAGUUUUAAAAACUUAACUGAAAACGACUUAUCAAAUUGAAAAAUUGCGACCAUGAAUUAAGUUUAGACGUCUCACAAUUGUUUUGUUUGGUCAUGUAUUUUAAAAGUUUAUGUACCCACCAUUCGAAAUAUUAGUGUAUCGAACGUGUUGUGAGGCGACGAUACAGGAAAAGCAGGAAAAAAGUUACUGCAAGUUUGGUGAUGUCAAUAGAUGCAUGACAAAAUCUACAAAAGCAUAUCAUGAUAUUUAUAGAGUCAGUGCUUAUACACUAUUUAUACAAGCCAAAAGAGGCAGUCCUUACAGUCCUUUAAUGUGCUUACAUCCUUACCACAAAGAAGCGAAGAGGAGUUACUGCACACGGAAAUCAAGACAUAUCAGAAACCUAUGAUUAUGAUGGAAUGAAACUAAAACACAUAUCGUAAAAAUUAUGAUGCAUGAAUAUGACAAAAAGAUACAUGAAGAAAGGCAGAUAAUAUAAUUUAUGCACUUCAAUCAAAAAAUAAUAUUUUACGUUCGUAAACUGGAAUCCCAUUACCAUUUUUACAAAGUGAUCAAAUAUAGGAUAUUUAUUUUUCACUCCGGCAAAGUCCAAUUCAUUCCUAUGUAUACCACCAAAUCGAUCAGCAUGAAAAUCCAAUUAAGUUGACAAUGAAUCCACGGUACCAGAAGAACCUAGCUACCACUUAAAAGUGAAGUGUGUUAAAAUGUAUUCAACGUCGAAAAUCGAAACUGUUCGAAGUAUAUUGGAUAGAGACGAAAAUUCAAAACCAAGCAGUAAAAUAACUAUACAAAAUUACAAAUCGUCCCCAAAAAUUACACAGAAGCCGUAACAGUGGAACAGUUCGUGUCGGUCCGUCGUCAGAGAUGACAAACACAAUCAAUACGUAUAAGAAACAUGCAAUGCAACAACGAGCAAAA